GUUAUGCGGCUGCGCUGGGUCGGCCCUGUGGUGUGGUGCCUGCUCAGCCUGCACGGCUUCUACUCCACGGGCCACCAAACCACCUUCCCCACCCUGCCCUGGUCCGCUGCGUUCGUGGGACGCGUCGAGACGGGCGCAGGAGGGACACUGGCACCUGCAUUGUUGGUGCUGCUGCACACCUUCUCAGGUCACCUGCUGCUGGGCCUGCUGCUGCCGCUGCUGCCUCUUGCUCCCCUCACUCUCGGGGCCAUCCUGCCUACCCUCAGGAAGAAGAAGUGA